AUGGACAAAAGUUGGAUGGAGAAGCGGAGGGGUACAAGGGAAUAUUUUGAAGGUGUAAACCAAUUUGUGGAAUUUGCUGCUCCAUCCGCGCGGAAUGGGAACAUCUUAUGUCCUUGUGUGAAAUGUGUGAAUUUGCUUAUACAACCGCUAAAUGUGGUAUGUGAGCACUGUUGGGCUUCGGGGAUGCUUAAAAAUUACAAAGUUUGGAAAUUUCAUGGUGAAUCGGCGGCUGCUACGCCAGCUACCGAAUGUGGGAGCUCUCAUGUGCAAGAAACCCAAAAUCCAUAUGGUGAUUUCCAUGGGAUGUUGCACGAUUUGUGCCCCCCGCAUGAAAUCCCACCCGAACCAAUGGAAGAAGGUCCAACUGCGCAAUGUCCGGGUGAAGGUCCGAAUGAUGAGGCCAAGAAGUUUUACAAGAUGGUAGAUGAUGUAGACAAACCUUUAUAUGAAGGUUGUACAAAAUUUAGCAUUUUCUCAGCCAUUGUCCUGUUGUUCCAGUUGAAGACUCUGUGUGGUUGGACAAAUAAGUCAUUUACUCUGUUGCUUCAAGUCCUGAUGGAUAUGCUUCCUUCAGACGCUAAGUUGCCAAAGGACCAUUAUGAGGCUAAGAAGAUAGUUCGAGAUUUGGGUUUGGGUUAUGAGAAGAUCCAUGCUUGUCCCAAUGAUUGUAUGCUGUUUUGGAAGCAAAAUGUUAACCUCGAGGCGUGUCCUUGUUGUAAAGCUUCAAGGUGGAAAACAAAUGAGGCAUCUGUUGCUAGUAAGCAUGCUUCAUCCAGUAAGGGGAAGAAGAAAGCUGCGAAGAUCCUACGGUGGUUCCCCUUAAAGCCAAGAUUGCAGCGACUAUUUCUGUCACCCGAUCUGGCUAGUUCUAUGAAAUGGCAUGUUAAUGGUCGUACUGAUGAUGGGGUAAUGCGGCAUCCUGCUGACUCAGAUGCAUGGAAAAUGUUUGACAGUAAGCAUUUACACUUCUCAUCUGACCCUCGUAAUGUCAGACUUGGAUUAGCUGCGGAUGGGUUCAACCCCUUGGGAAUUAUGAGUACUAGUCACAGUACGUGGCCUGUCAUGUUGGUCCCGUACAAUCUCCCACCUUGGCUGUGCAUGAAACGGUCAUCUUUGAUUCUAUCAUUAGUUAUUCCUGGUCCUAUCUCGCCAGGGAUUGCUAUAGAUGUGUACUUGGAACCGUUAGUAGAAGAACUAAGGGAGUUAUGGGAUGUUGGAGUACAAGCAUACGAUGCAUCUUCAAAAGAAGUAUUCCAAUUGCGUGCAGCAUUGAUGUGGACCAUAAAUGAUUUUCCUGCAUACGCAGAUUUGUCGGGUUGGAGUACCAAAGGUGAGUUGGCGUGUCCUUCUUGUGCCGUGAAGACCGAGUCUCGAUAUUUGAGAAAUGGUCGCAAAUUCUGUUACAUGGGACAUCGGCGAUGGUUGGAUGUUGACCACGAUUUCCGCAAAGAUGGUCUGUCAUUUGAUGGAUCUAUUGAUACUCGAUUGGCUCCUGAACCACCAGUCACAUCUGACAUUAUUGUGGAAACUGAACAUUUACUUGGACGUUGUCUGGGUAGGAAAUGUCAGCUUGCUUACAAAAAAAGGAAGAGAAGGGAGGCAGACCAGAGUGGUUGGAAGAAAAGGAGUAUAUUUUUUACCUUGCCUUAUUGGGAGGAUCACAAGUUGCGACACAAUCUUGAUGUGAUGCAUAUAGAGAAGAAUGUGAUGGACAAUAUACUAAAAACACUGUUGAACUUGAAGGAUAAAACGAAGGACAAUUACAAGGCACGCCUUGACUUGGCGGACAUGGGGAUAAGGAGUGAACUCCACCUACAACGAAAAAGUGAUGACCAGUAUACCAUACCAGCUGCAUGUUUUCAUAUGACUUCAUCAGAGAUAGAUGAUUUCUUGCAAGUUUUGAAGGAUGUAACAGUGCCCGAUGGGUACGCUUCCAAUAUCUCACGGCGUGUGAAUAUGAAAGAACGCAAGAUUUCUGGUUUGAAGAGUCAUGAUAAUCACAUAUUGAUGCAGCAACUUUUUCCCAUAGCAUUACGUGGGUCUUUGCCAUCUCAUGUUAGUAGGCCUUUGAUAAAGUUAGCUUGCUUCUUUAGAGAAAUUUGUUCCAAAACCCUUACGGUUUCAGAUAUUGUGACUAGUGAGGCAAAGAUUGCAGUGACAUUGUGUGAAUUGGAAAAGAUAUUUCCUCCAUCCUUCUUUACAGUGAUGGUACAUUUGGUCAUGCACUUAGCUGCUGAAGCUAAGAUUGGUGGUCCAGUGCACUACCGUUGGAUGUAUCCCAUUGAGAGGAUGCACAAAAGAUUGAUAGAGGAUGAACUUCGAAAAGGCCACAAUCAUAACGUUUCCGAUGCCAUUAUAUAUAAGCACCACAUGGAGAAGUUUUGUAUUUGGUUUGGGGGUCACGUGAUGUCCCUCACUGGUGCUGAUAAGGAAAGGGAGGGAGUUAGUGAUACCCUUGUUGCAUUGUCCAAAUGGCCGUAUAUUUAUGUAAAGCGGUUCAAGCAUUAUGUAAUAAAUGGCUUAAAAUUUAGGAGUGUAAAUGAUGAGGCAAAUAGGAAAACGCAGAAUAGUGGAGUUAGUGUGGCUACUGAUGGGGGCAAUACUUACUAUGGUAUUUUAACUGAUAUAAUUGAGUUGAAUUAUUCUGACAAUAUCAAACAUGUGUUAUUCAAGUGUAAAUGGGUUCAUGACCAACAUAGGAGAGGAUAUAGGACUGAUGAAUUUGGGUUUCCUAUGGUAAACUUUACACACUUCAUACAUGGUGGGGAUAAAAUGAUAGAUGAACCAUACGUUUUGGCAUCUCAAGCUACACAAGUUUUUUAUGUGGAAGAUAAAAGGCACAAAGAUUGGUAUGCUGUUGUCAAAACAAAAGCUAGGGACGUGUUUGAUGCUGGUGUUGGUCCCCAACGGGAGGAGGAUGACAUAUAUAGUUUUUCUGAAAAUGUUCCCUACAAAAUAAGUAGUAAUGAGGUUGUGAGUGACAACCUUCGUUGGGCUCGGGAUGAUCUAGAGGGAAUGACAAUUGAUGCCUCCAUCAUUGCUGAAAGAGAUCUUCAUGGAGUAAACAAUGAGGAUGAGUUUAUUGACGAUGAGUCUGACAAUGAAGACGACAACAAGGAUGAGUACACCGAGGAUGAGUAG